CUGAUUUUGCAGAGUUCGACGCGUUCCUGGGUCAACAAGGGAGGGGCUUUGAAAAAAACCUUUCAACCAAUCAGCGCAGUCACGCGAGCUCGUUCAAUUUGAGCGCGCAUUUCUACCACUUUCAACCUAUGCGUCACUUCGCAAAGUUCGCAUCCAUUUUGUGGAUUUGUGCAGAAUUUAAAUAGAAAAUGGAGGAGUAUAUAAAGAAAACCGUGUUGCGGGAAGAAAGACAAAAAGGAAAAAACAAAAAUAUUACAGUUGAUGUCCAUGUACUGAAGAAGGAAGAAAACCAUGAGACAUUCAUCAAGAAAACACUUGAAACUAUGAAAAUGUUUAGGAACACAAAUUCUGCAAGUCAGAAGGACAAGGAAAAUGGAUACUAUAUUUUCUACUGUAUCCGGUCAGGGAAUCCCCUUGAUGGAAGUUACAAAAGUGCAGGAUGUAUGGCUUACACAUCAUUUAAGGUUAAAAAUGAUUGGCUGAGCCACAAAAUCAUUGUGCAGCGUACCAGCAAAGAACACAAUGGGCACAAUGCAACUUGCGAAAAAGAAGGACACUUUCAAACAGUGUGUCCAGAUUUGAUUAAACAGAUUGAGGAAUGGAUCUCGCUGGGUGUCAAGCCAGAUAUCAUUCUAUUGGAAGCCCACAAAUGGUCAAGGUCUCGUGGACACAAUGACUUGAACAACCGUCAGUACUUUGUUACUCCAAAGGACAUUGAGAGUAUUCGCACAUGUUUGCUACGCAGAAACCAUUUGGAUAAAGAUGAUGCUAUUAGUUCAGCACAAUUAUUAACUGGUCAGUGCAAGGACAAUGUAGUUUUUUUUCAGCCUUUUUCCCAUGAGAAGGAUCUUAUUAUUAUCCUUCAGACACCCAACAUGAAAGAAAAUCUAAACAGACAUGGAAAGAACAUUAUAUUUUUGGAUGCCACUCAUUGCGUCAACCAGUAUAAUUUUCCACUUUAUACACUGGCUAUAAGAGAUGACUAUGGCCAUGGAGUUCCAGUUGCCUUUAUUAUAACAAGCAGUGAGAAGGAGGCAACACUGGUGAUGGCUUUACAGCAGUUUAAAAGAGUGUGUCCUGCACCAAGGUGCUUUAUGGUGGACAAGGAUAUGUGUGAGAUUAAUGCUUUGCGGAAAGUCUUUUCUGAGUCAGACAUCCUUCUGUGCUGGUAUCAUGUCAUGCAAGCUGUCGUCCGUUGGCUUACAAAGACAGACUCUGGAGUCAGUGGAUCAUCAAAUAUCGAUGUUAGGACAGAAAUUGUUUCUUUCGUCAAAAAGAUGAAGCUUUGUACAACCGAACAUGAUUUUAAGUCAACUGCUGAGCAGUUCUUCACGAGGUUUGAAGAUUUCCCAGCUCUUUGCUCAUACUUCAGGGUUCACUGGCUGGAAAUAGGACACAUGUGGUCUGACUUUGGACGAUGUUACGACCAUGCUGCUUCUGAUACAAACAAUCUUGUUGAAAGUUUUUGGGUGGCAUUAGGAACCGUAGGCUGGAUGAUCUUAUCAAAAUUCUCCUUAAGAAGACGGAUGGAUACUUCCAGACCAUUCAAGAUUUGCAUGCAGUUGGAAGAAUGA